AUUCACAACAAAUGCAAACGAGUGCUGGUGGGAAUUAGCGAAAUUUGUUGGUUCUUCUUAAAAUAUUAAGCUAUCGCAUGAACACCUUCUUUAUACAGAUAUAAAACUGCAACUCUUACAAAGCCCAUUCACAACAAAUGCAAACGAGUGCUGGUGGGAAUUAGCGAAAUUUGUUGGUUCUUCUUAAAAUAUUAAGCUAUCGCAUGAACACCUUCUUUAUACAGAUAUAAAACUGCAACUCUUACAAAGCCCCAUAAUAACCAAUCAUGAUCAUUCCUGUACGCUGCUUCACCUGUGGGAAGGUAAUUGGCAACAAAUGGGAAGCAUACCUUGGACUAUUACAAGCAGAGUAUACUGAGGGAGACGCGCUCGACGCACUCGGCUUGAAGAGGUAUUGUUGUCGACGCAUGUUGCUCGGUCACGUAGAUCUGAUUGAGAAACUGCUUAACUACGCGCCGCUGGAGAAAUAAUUCUGCUGUCGUUCCGUUUAUGUAUAGAUUAUGUAACAUCGUAUAAAACAUGCGCCUUGCAUUCAAGUUUAUCUUAAUAUCUGAGUAACGAAAAAAUACGAAAUCAGAGAAAUCGUUAAGGGGAAAGAAAUAAAUAAAAAAAGUUUCCUUCUAACCAUAACUAUUUUGUUACUUGGCCUAACCGAACAGAUACAAUAGAAACAACCGAUUUAAUAGGGUGAGACAUAGCCGGUUUUAUAUGAUGUAUAGUUUAAGAUAUUCUAUUGUGAUAAGUAAAAGUGUAAGAGUUUAAAGUACUUUAAAUAAACCCUAAAACCUAAAUAUUUUAUUUUUUUAUAGA